GCAGACAGACAGGCAGACAGGCAAGGAAGGUGGUAAUGCACCAUGGCAAGGGCAGCGUCGAAGCAGAGGCAGAGACGCGGGCGUGGCAUGGCAGCAGCGAUUAGACUUGAUUCCCUCCCAUGGCUGCAGCACCCGAGACAGUGGAGGCAGCACUCAACUCGACUCGGCUUUGGUCCGGCAAAGGUGCCUGGCUGCUCCCCAUUCUCACGUCACUCCUCCCUCCUUCCCCCUCUUCUUCCACCUCGAGCUAUCCGUUUACAUUGAUUGUUCGCUACCAGUUCACACUUUCUUCAAAACAUACCCAAGAGGUGACAGAGUAGUCUGACCCUCCUAUCGCAACCACACCCCUCGCCCAAUACUUCUCGCCGCACCCUUCCAUCUCGCGCGCACGCUCACCUCUAGUCACGAUCUGCAAUCAUGUCGGCCGUUGGUGGAACAGGCUUCUUGGAGAAGUUGAGCAGAGUCGCCGGUGUCAAUCAGCCUACCCACUCUCGCUUCGGUUUCAAGCUCCCUGAAGACCCCAUUAUCGCAACGUUCAAGUCUCUGGGUUUCCGAGUCGCCGAAUAUGAUCUUCCUCCCUACCCCCUCCAGGCUGCCGGGAUCAUCGGCCUGCGCAUGAUGGCCUUCAUGCUCAGCAGUACCGUCCUAGCCUACUUCCUCUACCACUACGUCGCCAAGCGCUCCUAUGUCCUCAACUACGGCUGCAUCGGCGCCAUGGCCGGUAUCCUCCUUCUAUGGCCUGAAGUCGUAGGCCGAUCAGGCGUCAUGCUUCUGGACUUCUGGAGGCCAGCACUGGGUUUCCGAUCUGCUCUCCUCGUGUGGGACAUCUUCCACAUCCGUACCCGCGAAGAGGUCAACAGCUGGAAUCCCGCCAGGUUCUUCUGCCAUCUCUGGGCCUUCCCCAAGGAGGAGCAGGAGAUCGUCGAGAGGGCCGAGAAGGAAGGUUUCACCCGAAAUGCGCGUAUUGAGAACCUAAAGGGAAUGCCAAAGGUGCUCGUCGAGGGUGGUCUGCUGCUCAUGACCCUCUAUUUCAUCCCCCCUGUGGAGCUGACCGUCGGCAUGAGCCGCAUCGCCUACCACGCCUACUGUGACACUCUUGGUCUUUCCAUCCUCAUGGCCUUGGCUCUCUUCGGAGAUGGUCUGCUCAAGUCCAUGGGUGUCAUCACCAACGUUGAAAUGGCCGACAUGUUUGAGAACCCCCUCGGGACAACCAACAUUCGUCUCUUCUGGUCCCACUGGAAUCGUGCUAUCGCCUCUGUCCUACACCGCGUCGUCUUUGGAGGCGGCAAGAGGGCUCAGUCGACUAGGAAGACCAGCAAGAAUCUCCGUGUACAGGAGCUACAGGCAGCACGAAAGCACUAUGACAACCUUUCCGAGACUGAAGUGGAGACUAGCAAGACGGACGAUGAGGAUGAGGGCAAGAACGGUACGAAGCGUGCUCGAGCUAAUGGACUCAAGCCUAUGACUCCCACCAAGGCAGACGGCAAGGGCGCUACUCCCAACGGUGGUCAGCAGCAGCAGCCACCACGCAAGAAGGGUCCCUUCUAUCCCAAGGCCAUUGCAGCCAUUGCCACGUUUGCCAUGUCCGGCAUCUUCCACGAGCACAUCACCCGCAACACCCUCGGUUUCGCCAAUGGUGAAAACUUCGUCUUCUUUGUCCUGAAUGGAGUCGCGACCGUCGUCUCAACUUGGUUCCGAAGAACCUACCCGGAAGCCAAUGCCAAGAUUCCAACAUUCGUAUCGGUAAUCAUGCUCCAUACCUUCUUCUUUGCCAUUGUACCCCUGUUCUGCUCCCCCUUUAUCCGUUCGGGAUUCUUUACACAGAUGGACUCGCUCAAGUAUGAACUACUGCCAUUUGCACCUAGGCCAAGGGGGUCGUUCAUCUACCUCUUUGGAAGCUAGGCAACCACACUCGGAGCAAAGGGAAAGAGAGAGAGGGAGAGGGAGGGAGGGAGAGACGCGGGCAGGUAUGCGAGGGUCAACCGCUCCUUGUUGGGACCCUCCUUCACAGUCAAUUCAGCUCAUCCCUGUAAGACUACUUCUUUCCCCUUUCCUGUUUCCUCCCUCUCUCUCUCUCCCCCUCACAUUCCCGUUCACCUUUUCUCAUGUCCAGAAAAAGAACCCCCCCUCGUCGUACCCUUUUAAUUCUACCCAAAUUUCGAACCGUCCUGUCCUGUCCUGGUCUUUCUCAAC